AUGGCAUAUGUAAUUUGUACUGCUUAUCUGACAAGUGCUCUUAUUUUCAGCGUGGGCGAGGAUGGAGAUUGGGAUGAAACAGAUAUUCGAACACCUAACAACGAAACGACAUAUCAAGUAGGAGGUUUGCAGCCGUACACCGUGUACAGUUUUAGAGUAAUGGCAAUGAAUGCGAUGGGGCUCAGCGAACCAAGUAAACCUUCUUAUUACAUGGUUACCCUUCGUGAAGUUCCUGCGGGUCACGUAAUCGUAACGAAUGCCAAAAAUGUGUCGUCGAGCUCCGUUUACUUCAGUUGGCUUGCUCCACCGCCGGAUACGAUAUUUGGAGAAUUUUUAGGCUACCGCAUUUCUUACAAACCGAGAACAAAUCCUGAGGAUAACAAGGAAAUUUACUUACGAGAUCCUACGGUCACAAACCACAUUCUAACACAAUUAGAGCCAUGGACUCAAUACUACGUCACUGUCCAGGUAUUUAACCCCGAGGGACUUGGGCCCAACACUACAGUACUAAUAAUGACAGAUGAAGGCGAUAACAUGAAUUCUACCACCUUAAACCGGCCCUGUGCGAUGAUCAGAAAUAUCCCGAGAGGAAAAAUCGUUCGGUAUGAAAUCUAGAGAUAUGAUUGGCCACGAAAUGG